CUCCUUCAACAUAAGAUACGGCAGCCACUUUCACUUUCACUCUUUCUUUUUUCUCACAACAAAUUGGCCAUUUGUCCUUCUACUCCAUAUAAUCGUCGUUACGCUUUUAUAAACUUCACAUCAUGUUUUGAAACCUUUCUUUCUCCUUCUCUUCCUUUCCCCUCAAUCAAUCAAAAACUAACAACAUAAUUCCUACUAGUGAAGAAGAAGCUUUGAAAAAUGUGGUUUGGUUCCAAACCCCUCUAUGUUCUUAUCUUCAUGUUUCUGGCUUUGAAUUGCUUUCAAGACUUCAGAUCCAACGCUCAACUCAUUCCUGAAAAUGAAGUGAAAACUCUGCAGGCAAUAUCGGAUAAACUAAAGAACUUGAAUUGGAAAGUCACAGAAAGUUCCUGCACAGAGGAUGGAGGCUUUAAUGGAAAGGUGCAAAUAGGAGAAAACUUGGAGAGGAAUGUCACAUGCAAUUGCACUUUCCAAAAGAACACUGUUUGCCAUGUUACAAGCAUAUUGCUCAAGGGUCAGAAUAUAUCUGGAGUUAUGCCAAGUGAAUUUGCAAAUCUCACCCAACUGCAAGAGCUUGAUCUCUCUCGCAACUAUCUCAAUGGCUCAAUUCCAACGAGUUUUGCUCGCAGCUCGGUGGUCAUUUUGGGUCUUCUUGGAAACCGAUUAAGUGGUCAAAUUCCGCCAGAAAUUGGUGAUAUGGCUAGCUUGGAGGAACUGAUCCUAGAAAAUAAUCAACUCACAGGACCACUUCCUCCUAGUCUUGGAAAUUUGGCCAACUUGAAGAGACUGCUUCUUUCUUCAAAUAACUUUACAGGGACAAUACCAGAAACAUUGGGCAAACUGAAGAAUCUCACUAAUUUUAGGAUAGAUGGAAGCAGCUUAUCAGGACAGAUACCUAGUUUUAUAGGAAACUGGACCAACCUUGAAAGAUUGGAUCUGCAAGGAACAGGUUUGAAAGGCCCAAUUCCUCCCUCUAUAUCUGAGUUGAAACUUUUGAAACAACUGAGAAUAACUGAUUUGACUGGACCAACUAUGACGUUUCCAGAUCUGAAGGAUGCCACAAAAAUGGCACGACUGGAAUUGAGAAAUUGCCUAAUCACUGGUCCCAUUCCAGAUUACAUUGGUGAGAUGAAAAAAUUGAAAACUUUAGACCUCAGCUUCAAUAGGUUGACUGGUCCAAUCCCUGAUUCAAUUCAGGAAUUGGAGGAACUAGAUUACAUGUUUCUGACUAAUAAUUCUUUGAGCGGACCAAUUCAAGACUGGAUAAUGAACUUCAAAAAAAACAUGGAUUUAUCUUACAACAAUUUUACAAAGUCUUCUGCAACUACCUGCCAGCAAUUGAAUGUGAACUUGGCUUCAAGCCAUUCUUCUUCAGCGGUUACUUCACCUUUAACCUUUUGUUUGAAGAGAAACCUACCUUGUGCUGGAAAACCCAAGUAUCAUACAAUGUUCAUAAACUGCGGAGGACCUGAAGGAGAGUUUGAGGGAAAUGACUAUGUAGGAGAUCUCCAGAAAGCUGGCAUUUCAAACUUUGAUUUAGGAAAUGAAGGACUAUGGGCUUAUAGCAGCACAGGAGUGUAUCUGGGAAAUGAUAAUGCAGAAUUUACAGCGAGCAAUACAUUUUCUUUGAAUGUUAGUAGCCCAGCGUACUAUCAAACUGCACGUCUUGCCCCUCUGUCACUCAACUACUAUGGUUUUUGUAUGCUGAAGGGAAAUUAUAAAGUGAAGCUCCAUUUUGCUGAGAUUAUGUUUUCUAAUGACCAGACUUUUAGCAGUCUCGGAAGGCGCAUAUUUGAUGUUUCAAUUCAAGGUUUUAAAUACUUGAAAGAUUUUAACAUUAUGGAAAAAGCUGGUGGAGUUGGAAAGGGAAUCACUGAAGAAUUCAACGUCGAUGUUAAUGAUAGUACCUUGGAAAUCCACUUAUACUGGGCAGGGAAAGGAACUACUGCCAUUCCUGAUAGAGGUGUAUAUGGACCACUUAUAUCUGCUAUCUCAGUAACACCAAACUUCAAAAUUCCUUCUGAAGGAGGGCUUUCUGGUGGAGCUAUUGCUGGAAUUGUGAUUGGAUUAUGUGUGUUUGUCAUACUGAUACUUGGUGUACUUUGGAAGAUGGGUUUCAUUUUCAAGAAAGACACAACAGAUAAAGACCUUCUAGAUCUGAAAACAGGUUAUUUCAGCUUAAGACAAAUUAAAGCAGCCACUAAUAACUUUGACCCUGCAAACAAGAUAGGUGAAGGAGGGUUUGGACCAGUAUACAAGGGUGUGCUGUCAGAGGGUGAUGUGAUUGCUGUUAAACAGCUCUCCUCCAAAUCAAAGCAAGGGAACCGCGAAUUCAUCAAUGAAAUUGGGAUGAUAUCUGCUUUGCAGCACCCAAAUCUUGUGAAGCUUUAUGGCUGUUGCAUUGAAGGAAACCAGUUGCUGCUGGUAUAUGAAUACAUGGAGAACAACAGUCUUGCCCGCGCACUUUUCGGUAAUGAAGAACAGAAGCUGAAUUUGAACUGGCGUACAAGGAUGAAGAUCUGUGUGGGAAUAGCAAAGGGAUUAGCUUAUCUUCAUGAGGAAUCAAGAUUGAAAAUAGUUCACAGGGAUAUUAAGGCAACCAAUGUCUUACUUGACAAGGAUCUGAAAGCCAAGAUCUCUGACUUUGGGUUAGCCAAGCUUGAUGAAGAAGAAAAUACUCAUAUCAGUACUCGGAUAGCUGGAACAAUUGGUUACAUGGCUCCAGAAUAUGCUAUGCGGGGAUACUUAACUGAUAAAGCAGAUGUAUACAGCUUUGGGAUUGUGGCUUUAGAGAUUGUUAGUGGAAAAAGCAAUACAAAUUACAGGCCAAAGGAGGAGUUUAUAUAUCUUCUUGAUUGGGCCUAUGUUCUCCAAGAGCAAGGAAACCUUCUGGAACUGGUGGAUCCAGGUCUUGGUUCAAAGUACUCCCAAGAGGAGGCAAUGAGAAUGCUGAGCUUGGCACUCUUAUGCACCAAUCCAUCUCCAACUCUCAGACCACCCAUGUCAUCUGUAGUGAGCAUGCUCGAAGGAAAGAUCCCGAUCCAAGCGCCGAUUAUCAAGCGCAGCAAUGACAGCGACCAACAGGCAAGAUUUAAAGCCUUUGAGCUGAUAUCACAAGACAGCCAAACUCUUUAUUCGAUGUCGCAGGCGAGUACUGAGCAAAGACACAUAUCAAGUGAUGGACCAUGGGUUGACUCCUCUAUAUCUCUUCAAAGUGGAGAGCAUGAAACUUCAUCCAGUAAGCUUCUUUGAGAUUCACAUGGUGUAUGCUUCACUCAAAAGUUUAGAGAGGAGGGCAGUGAUAUACAGUAACAGAAGAGUGAUAGCCUUAUUUGUUGCAAAAUUCUGGUUUUGAGGCAUUUCUCAUGUUUUGUUCUUUGUCAAGAUUCAUAUUAUUGAUUUUCAGUUUUAAAUCUCCAUCUGCCUUUGCUGGUGGUAGUAAACAAUGUGAAUAUAUACAGCAAGUUUUAUUUGCAUGGAUUGAGAAGACUAGGAGAAAGUGGUCUUUGAAACUAUAUCCUUGUGCUACUUUUAGUAUGCAAAUUGCAGUUUACAUAUCAGGUAGUGAAGGCGAAGUUUACAAAAAUCUAUUAAGUUGGGAUCAUCAUCUCACCUAUUUCUGAAUUGUAGAAAUCAUGUGUAUAAAUGUGACCUUAAUUUAGUCUGAUUUUUUUUUUGCCAA